AUGACAAAGAAAUUACAACAAGCAGUAGAGAUGUGGGACAACCAACUGGCAGUACAUGGUAUAAGGAUGAGCAAGAAGAAAACGGAAGUACUAGAAGUCUCAAGAGGGCAACCAGUGCCAAGACUGGAGAUUAUAGUGGAUGGACAGCAACUGAAACAAACAACAGCCUUCAGGUACCUAGGAAGCUGGCAACUCGAGAGUGGAGAUUUGGACAGAGAGAUACAGGCAAGAUUGCAGGGUACAGGUAAAUACAUGAAGGAAUGUACGUGGAAUAAUACGCGAUUAGCCGGAUGUCGAUUAGACUGAAAACGCAGGUGUAUAAAACUAUGGUAAGACCGGUGGUUCUUUAUGGGGCAGAGACCUGAGCAGUAAAGGAAGAGGAUGUGAAGAAAUUGGAAGUGGCAGAGAUGAGAUGUUUACGAGUCAUAAUUAGAGGUGUAACAAGACGUGAUAGAAUGGCAAAUGUAGAUAUAAGACAGGAAUUGAAGGUGACAGAGCUGAGAGAGAAGAUUCGAGAAAGUUGACUGAGACGGUACGGACACGUGAAGAGAAUGGAAGUGAGAGAGCUUGUUAGAUGGGCAAUGGAUUGUGGAGCGUAAGGAACCAGGAACAAGGAGUAGGGGUUGACCAAGAGAACGAUGGAUGGAUUGGAUUCGGGUUGAUGGGAGAGUGGAGGAUUUGGACAAAGUCAACGACAGAGUAGAAUGGAGUAAGGUGUCAAGAUCACCCGACCCCCUUGAGGGACAAACGGGAUGAUGAUGAUGAUAUUAUGAUUAUAUAAUUUUACGUAACUAGCAUUCUUUGCAGAAAUUAAUGGUCUUGCUUUAUAACGUUUGUCAUUGUGACCACCAGGAAUAGAAGUGUUAUUUGCUACAUCUAAAUUGCUUAGUAUCUGGGAAAAUCUGUUUCUUGGCAAUGUUGAAGAAAGUAUACAGCAAGGUCAUGGUCAGCUUUCCAAUAUAUUAUCAGCUAAAGAUGACACUUCAUGA